AUGAUUGAGUCAGGGUUUUGUUAUCCUCUUGUCCAUUUUCACCAACACCACAAGAUUUUCGAGCUCGAGAGCAAAGAAAUGGCGGCCGCGCAGCUGACUUCCGGUGCAACUUCAGUUCCCGCGAAAAGACUCGGCUUGUUCGAAGGUCUCAAGCCUUCAAUUGCUGUUAGGGUUUCGUGCUUUUCACCUCCGAGCAAGAAUGGGCUCUCUCUCACGUCAUCCCGCGGCCUUGUUGUCAGGGCUGCUACAAUCGUCGCCCCAAAGUACACUUCUCUGAAGCCAUUGGGUGAUAGGGUGUUGGUGAAAAUCAAGACAGCAGAGGAAAAAACUUCCGGUGGCAUUUUACUACCAACAACGGCACAAUCAAAACCUCAAGCUGGUGAGGUAGUUGCUAUAGGGGAGGGUCGUUCACAUGGGUCGAACGAGGUGGAGAUCAGUGUAAAGAGUGGAGCCCAAGUUGUGUACUCGAAGUAUGCGGGGACAGAGGUUGAAUUUGAUGGAUCAAAUCAUCUCAUCUUGAAAGAGGAUGAUAUUGUUGGUAUCCUCGAGACUGAUGAUGUGAAAGACAUGAAACCUCUGAAUGACCGAGUUCUAAUAAAGGUUGCGGAGGCCGAAGAGAAAACGGCCGGAGGUUUGUUGUUGACAGAGGCAAGCAAGGAGAAACCGUCAAUUGGCACUAUUAUUGCGGUUGGGCCCGGCCCACUUGACAAGGAGGGUAAAAGAAAGCCAUUGUCGGUGGGCCCAGGGGAAACAGUUCUGUACUCGAAAUACGCGGGCAACGACUUCAAGGGUCCCGAUGGCUCCAAUUAUGUAGCUCUACGUGCCUCGGAAGUGAUUGCUAUCCUUUCUUAGAUGGGUUUUUUUUCGAGUUUUACCUUCUGUUUGGCAAGUAUUUUGAGAAAGACAGACAGGCUUUUUAUGUAGCCUCAAGGGAGAGUGAUUUUCAUAUUCUUUGCCUUAAAAUCAUGUUAGUUUCUUCAAGUGGUGAUUGUGUCUGGGCAUUUGUUCAACAAAUUUGUAGAUUUGUUCAACAGGAGGAAGAGAAAAUUCAAGAGAAAAACAGAAACUUGGCAAGGUUUUCUCAUUUUCUCUGGAAUGGAUGCUUGGGGAAUAAUAUAGGAAGUGACAAAACUCUCUAGCUGUGAUGACAAGUCAAAUAAUUUACUAAAA